AAAAUACACCAGAGCCAUAAUGACUGAAAAUGUCACGUUUGACUUGACUUUUUUGUAUUUUUAAUUCAAGUCAAUCUACAGCAGCAGGAGGAUCUUACUUGACACGGGGUGUAUUUUAUUUUGAAAGGACCUUGAUGUGCUGCAAAAAUAACUUAAGGGAAAACUAUAUUUAUUUAUCACUAUAGUUCAAUUAUUGUCAAUAUUUAAAAAAUUACUCUUUAGAAAUGAAUAUCUUAAUGGCCAGAAAAACAACGUUUUUUUUUUUUUUUUUUUUUUUUAUGUUGAGGUGGACCUUUACGGCUCUCGCUGGGUUUUGAUCAGUAAGAAAUUAGAGCAGUUGGUGUUUGGUAGUAGACCCCUGCUCUGGGCCAAAACUCACAGGUGACCUCCAACCCUUUUUUUAUCAUCUUAAAUAUAUAAUAAUCUUUUAAAUAAUACACAUUGACUAAUUAUUUAUUUAAAAAAAAAACCUUCCUAAAGCAGUAUUAAAUAAUAUUAAAAACUGAAGCGCUUACACUGUUCACAGUUGGCAAGAUGUGAAUUUUAAAGAAAGUAUUUAAAGAUACAAAAGAAUAUUAUCAUAAAACAAAGUACAAUAAUUUGUGAUUCAGAGCUGGUAAACCCUCAGACACUCUCUUCUGGUAAUGGGCUCCAAAUACAAUUUUAAAAACAAGUUAUAAACCUGCGAUGAAUCAUCAGGUGAAUCUCUACUUUAGACUGGUUUGUAAAGCACUUUGCUGUCAGUUAACUUUGGAAAAGUGUUUUAAGCUGCCUCUAAAGGCUUCACUGGCACCAACCUUAUAUUUUCUAACUGGAUGUGUGUGUUGGACAGGUUUCAUCUGACUAUGGACAACAGCAGCCUGGAUUGGGGCGAAUAUACCAACAGAUCGGAACUUGAGUCCUGCACCACAAUGAGGAACCAGUUCUCCCGCAUUUUUUUGUACAGCUUCUUCACCAUUGGUAUUGUCUCCACGGUUGUGGGAAACUUCCUGGUUGUCUUGUCGAUUGCCUAUUUCAAGCAGCUGCAGUCCCCCACGAACUGCUUUGUCAUGUCACUUGCAGUGGCUGACUGCUUUGUUGGCCUUGUUGUGAUGCCGUACAGUAUGAUCCGAACCGUGGAGGGAUGCUGGUACUUUGGCUCCCUCUUCUGUAAGCUCCACUCCAGCCUGGAUGUCAUGUUGUGUACUGCUUCAAUUUUCCACCUCAGCUGCAUUGCAUUUGACCGCUUUUAUGCAGUCUGCAACCCCCUAAUUUACUCCUUAAAGAUGUCUCAAAGCAGAGUGGCUCUCCUCAUAACCAUUUGCUGGGCUGUCCCGAUGCUCAUUUCUUUUGGCCCUAUAAUGCUUGAUCUCCACAUUGCUGGUGUAGACAUCCUAAUCCCUGAGGAUUUAUGCGUUUUCUUAGUCAGUCGUAUUUAUGCUGUCAUGGCCUCUUUAGUAGCCUUUUACUUGCCCAUGGCCAUCAUGCUAGUAGCCUACUGGAAGAUAUUUAAAGCUGCAAAAAGACAGGCUCUGCAGAUCAGCGCCAUGGAAAGUCAGAUGGCUGCCGGUGUUGGCAAAGACUCCAGCAAGAAAAGACGGCACCGCAUCACUAUGAGGAGAGAAAGAAAGGCUGCAAAAACUUUAGGUAUUAUCAUGGGAGUUUUCCUCAUUUUCUGGAUGCCUUUUUUUACUCUCAACAUUGUAGAUCCAUUCAUUGGAUACACUACUGAAGUGGUUGUUUGGGAUAUUUUUCUCUGGCUGGGAUAUAUAAACUCAUCCCUGAAUCCGUUUUUGUACGGGUUUUUCAAUCGCUCUUUCCGCAGGGCAUUCCUCAUGUUCAUUGGCUGCAGGGUUUGCUUGCCAGGGUCAUCUCCAGGGAUGGAGUUAUCACAAACCAGGAAAGAGGCUAAUGAUUGCACAGAUUAACUAUCAAGUUAUAGGAAUGUAAAGCAACUCCUAUGGCAUAAAGAACAGGAAAUAGACAUUUUAGCACAUUUUAGUGUGAAUAACACCCAAAGUUGUAUAU